UACCUCUGCCAUUUUGGUUUUUGUUCCCGUCUUGUGCUCGCAAAUACAGGAACGCGAAUACACAGGACUCGACCAGCUAAACGACAUAGUGACUCGACAUUAUAGUCCGAAACCUUUUCACCCCAUUUUUUAUUUAUUUCUGUCAGCAGAACAAUCAUCGUUAUUGACGUUUACACACAAGAGAGGAGCGGUUUGCACAGAGAAGGGACAGAGAAGGAUUAUUGAUGUCCAGCUCGCCGCUGUCCAAGAAGCGUCGCGUGUCAGACUCAGAGACGAAGACGGGAUCCCACUGCUCCUCCUCUAACUCUGUCAGAACUGAACUGUCUCACACACCCACCAACGGCAUGGCUAAGAAUGGCAAUGAUGCUGAGAUUGAUGAAGGCCUGUACUCCAGACAGCUCUACGUGUUGGGCCAUGAUGCUAUGAAACGCAUGCAGAGCUCCAACAUCCUGGUCUCAGGGCUGAGAGGGCUGGGCGUGGAGAUCGCGAAGAACGUCAUCCUGGGAGGAGUCAAGAGUGUUACGCUGCACGACCAGGGACAGGCUGAAUGGAGAGACCUCUCCUCACAGUUCUACCUGAGAGAAGAGGAUCUGGGGAAGAACAGAGCUGAGGUGUCUCAGACUCGCCUGGCUGAACUCAACAGCUACGUACCAGUAGUGGCCUACACUGAAGCCCUCACCGAUGAUUACCUGACUCAGUUUCAGGUUGUGGUCCUGACCAACUCCCCUCUAGAGGAGCAGCAGCGUGUUGGAGACUUCUGUCACAGUAACGGCAUCAAGCUGGUGAUCGCUGACACACGGGGACUCUUCGGACAGCUCUUCUGUGACUUCGGAGAGGAGAUGCUGGUGAUCGAUACCAAUGGAGAGCAGCCUCUCUCUGCUAUGAUCUCCAUGAUCACCAAGGAUGCAGCAGGCGUGGUGACGUGUUUGGACGAGGCUCGCCACGGGUUUGAGAACGGAGACUCCGUGAUCUUCACUGAGGUGCAGGGCAUGACGGAGCUCAACAGCUGCCAGCCAAUAGAGAUCAAGACCUUGGGCCCCUACACCUUCAGUAUCUGUGACACCACAGGGUUCUCCGACUACGUCAGGGGAGGCAUCGUCUCUCAGGUCAAGAUGCCCCAGAAGGUGGCCUUCAAAUCCCUCACCACUUCCAUGACAGAGCCAGAGUUUGUGGUGACAGACUUUGCUAAGUUUGAGCGACCAGGACAGCUUCACCUGGGCUUCCAGGCUCUACACAGCUACCAGAGGAAACACAGCAGGCUUCCCAAGCCCUGGUGCCAGGCUGAUGGAGAGGAGUUGGUAUCCCUGGCUAAAGAGGUUAACUCCAGCCAGACGGGGUCAGCUAAGGUGGACGAGCUGGAUGACAAGCUCAUUAAGAAACUGGCCUUCGUCUCCGCUGGCGACCUGGCACCAAUCAACGCUUUCAUUGGUGGACUGGCCGCACAGGAAGUAAUGAAGGCGUGUACAGGGAAGUUCAUGCCCAUAAUGCAGUGGCUGUAUUUUGAUGCUCUGGAGUGUCUGUCUGAGGAAGAGGGAGGAGCCAUGCUCACUGAGGAGGACUGUGCCCCUAGGAACAGUCGUUAUGAUGGCCAGAUCGCUGUGUUUGGCUCCCAGCUGCAGGAGGAGCUGGCUAAACAACGUUACUUCCUGGUUGGGGCUGGCGCUAUUGGCUGUGAGCUGCUCAAGAACUUUGCCAUGAUUGGAUUGGCUGGCGGAGAGGGUGAGGUCAUCGUGACAGACAUGGACACCAUAGAGAAAUCCAACCUCAACAGACAGUUCCUCUUCAGGCCGUGGGACGUGACGAAGAUGAAGAGCGAGACGGCGGCGGCGGCGGUGAAGCAGAUGAACCCGUCCAUCCGGAUCACGGGACACCAGAACCGCGUCGGACCCGAGACGGAGCGCGUCUACGAUGACGACUUCUUCGAGAGCCUCCACGGAGUCGCCAACGCUCUGGACAACGUUGACGCGCGUAUGUAUAUGGACCGGAGGUGUGUCUACUACAGGAAGCCCCUGUUAGAGUCUGGGACUCUGGGAACCAAAGGAAACGUGCAGGUGGUCAUCCCCUUCCUGACAGAGUCAUACAGCUCCUCCCAGGACCCCCCGGAGAAGUCCAUCCCCAUCUGCACACUGAAGAACUUCCCCAACGCCAUCGAACACACCCUGCAGUGGGCCCGUGAUGAGUUUGAGGGUCUGUUUAAACAGCCGUCAGAGAAUGCUAUGCAGUACCUCACAGAUGCUAAGUUCCUGGAGAGGACCCUGAAGCUGCCUGGAGCCCAGCCUCUAGAAGUGUUGGAGGCCGUUUAUAAGAGUUUGGUGAUCGACUGCCCUCGCAGCUGGGCCGACUGUGUCACCUGGGCUCGUCACCACUGGCAAUGCCAGUACAGCAACAACAUCCAUCAGCUACUGCACAACUUCCCCCCAGAACAGCUGACCAGCUCUGGCGCCCCCUUCUGGUCCGGUCCAAAGAGAUGUCCUCACCCUCUGGAGUUCAGCACCAGCAAUCACCUCCAUAUGGACUAUGUGAUGUCAGGAGCCAACUUAUUUGCCCAGUCGUACGGCAUGCAGGGCUCUACCGACCGUGUCGGCGUGGCUAAGAUCCUGGACAGCCUAUCGGUGCCCACCUUCGUCCCCAGGUCAGGGGUCAAGAUCCACGUCUCCGACCAGGAGCUGCAGAGCGCCAACGUCAACGUCGAAAAAACUAACAAGACAGGUCCCACCUCUCGCCACCGGCCACAUGACAACCGGCUGGAGGAACUGAAGACUCUGCUCCCUGGACCGGAAGCUUCUUCUCACUUUAAACUCACUGCCAUCGACUUUGAGAAGGAUGAUGACUCUAACUUCCACAUGGACUUCAUUGUGGCUGCUUCCAACCUGAGAGCAGAAAACUACAACAUUCCCCCUGCAGACAGACACAAGAGUAAGCUGAUAGCUGGGAAGAUCAUUCCUGCGAUAGCGACCACCACGUCGGCGGUCGUAGGUCUGGUCUGUCUGGAGCUCAUCAAGAUCGUUCAGGGACACAAGAAGGUGGAGUCGUUUAAGAACGGCUUCAUGAACCUGGCGCUGCCGUUCUUCACCUUCUCAGAACCCAUCUCUGCUCCCAGCCACAAGUACUAUGAGAUUGACUGGUCUCUGUGGGAUCGUUUUGAGGUGAAGGGUCUGCAGGCCAAUGGAGAGGAGAUGACUCUCCGACAGUUCCUGGACUACUUCAAGAAUGAGCAUCAGUUGGAGAUCACCAUGCUGUCUCAGGGAGUCUCCAUGCUCUACUCCUUCUUCAUGCCUGCAGCUAAACUCAAGGAGAGGCUGCUGUUACCGAUGACAGAGAUUGUGACCAAGGUUUCUAAGAAGAAGCUGGGGAAGCAUGUUAAAGCCCUGGUGUUUGAGCUGUGCUGCAACGACCUGACUGAGGAAGAUGUGGAGGUUCCCUACGUCAGAUACACCAUCCGCUGAAACACACACA